AUGACUCCAUCUUUUCUUCAACCUCAUUGUUCCUUCCUCGUCAACAUCGUUCUCUUCCUCACACUCUUUUUAAUCCCAACACAAGUCAAUAGUGAUGCUAAAAGCUACAAAUCAUGUGCACCUUUUACCUGUGGAAACUUCACCAACAUUACAUAUCCAUUUUGGAAUAUCAACGAUCAACCAAGUUAUUGCGGCCAUCCAAACUUCACGCUCGAUUGUCAGAAAAACAACUUGACUAUUGACAUCAACUCACAAAAGUUUCAUAUCAUUGAUAUGAAUCAAACAUCACAACUCUUAAAGAUUGCAAGGUUGGAUUUAUGGAGUUAUGAUGCUGCUAAUGUCACUUCUUGUCCUGAUACUAAUGUGAACUUGAAUUUGGAUUUCUUCAAGUACACUUCCAAUGACGAGAAUUAUAAUUUAUUGUCCGAUUGCGACCCUCUUCCUACUAAUUCAUAUGGAUCUCCUUUGAGUUCAGAAGUUUCUCAAGAGAUUUCUUGCCUCAUAGAUAGUAAACCUCAAGAUGCAUAUUUAGUAUUAAAUACUAAAAUGGCGGAUUUCACGAUCCUAGAGUGUAAGAACAAUAUCCAAGUUUAUGGCCCAAAUAGCUCUAUUAUAGAAAAUUCUGAUACAGGAGUGGUGAAUGUUUUAAGGGAAGGGUUUGAGGUUGGGUGGAGUGUUGUGGAGGAAGAUAUAUGCAAUUAUUGCAAGAAAUAUGGUGGGAGAUGUGGAUACAAUACAACCAAAAAUGCAUUUAUGUGUAUUUGUCCUAAUCAACUGUCUUUUGGUGAUUGCGGAUUUUGUCGCCAGAAUUCAACAACUGCUAUUUGGCCGGAUGAGUCGGGUUGCGUAGGAUCCAAGUUGUUUAAAUCUGUGGCACCAUCACCUCUACGAGAACCAUCUUAUGGAGGAACACCAGUGCAAGCAUUAGGACCAGCUUUUGGUUCAGAUUCGAAAAACUCUCGUGGCACUUCGAGUAAAUUGAAUGUGAAGAAUAAAAUCGUCAUUGCGGUUGGUUCUGCCGUGAUAGGAGCAUUUGCAGUGAUCAUAGCCAUAUAUUUCUAUAAGCGCCGGAAGAAUACGAAUAAAAGUUAUGCAAAAUCAUAUGCACAGUCUCGCAGCCUCUCUUCUGAACUCACUUCAAAGGAUCUCGAGAGUGGAAGUCAAUACUUUGGAAGAAGCCAAAACUUUGGAGUGCAACAUUUUACUUAUAAAGAACUUGAAGAAGCCACAAACUACUUCGAUCCAUCUAAAGAACUAGGAGAAGGAGGCUUUGGGACGGUUUAUUACGGAAAACUGUAUGAUGGGCGUAGUGUUGCGGUGAAGAGGUUAUUUGAGAACAAUUAUAAAAGAGUUGAGCAAUUCAAGAAUGAAGUUGAAAUCUUGGCAUCAUUAGUCCAUCCGAAUCUUGUGUCUCUGUAUGGAUGCACUUCACGUCACAGUCGCGAGCUUCUACUUGUCUACGAGUAUGUUUCUAAUGGAACGGUGGCUGAUCAUCUCCGUGGUAAAGAAGCAAAACAUGGAAAACUUACAUGGCCUAUUAGAAUGAAUAUUGCCGUGGAGACAGCGAGUGCGUUGAAGUAUCUUCAUAUUUCUGAAAUCAUUCACCGAGAUAUAAAGACAAAUAAUAUUCUUCUCGACGCUCAUUUUCAUGUCAAGGUAGCCGAUUUUGGACUCUCGCGCCUUUUUCCAUAUGAUCAAACCCAUGUUUCAACGGCUCCACAAGGGACUCCGGGUUACGUGGAUCCUGAGUACCAUCAGUGCUACCAACUUACCGAUAAAAGUGAUGUCUAUAGCUUUGGAGUUGUGAUGAUUGAGUUGAUAUCGUCUUUGCCUGCGGUUGAUAUAACAAGACAUAGGCAUGAAAUCAAUUUGGCUAGCAUGGCUCUCAACAGAAUUCAAAACCAAGCAUUGCAUGAAAUUGUGGAUCCUACGCUCGGUUUUGAAUCCGAUUCUAAAGUAAAGAAAAUGAUCGUUGCCAUGGGCGAGUUAGCAUUUCAAUGUCUGCAAAGUUCGAAAGAUAUGAGACCUAGCAUGGACGAAGUGUUGGAAAGCUUAAAGGAUAUUCAAAAUGGUGGUAAGCAUAAAAGCCAACCCGAGGUAAUGGACAUUUCGAGUUUAUCUGAUGAUGCUGUGCUGCUGAAUAAUGUUCCACCUCCACUAUCACCUGAUUCGAAUGUUAGGAGCAAUUAUACAACGCCGAAUACUAGUGGAUAA